CUCUUUGACUUUGUCAAGAAGAAUCUUUCAACAGCACAACCAUGCCCAUCGUGUAUGCCCUCGUCUCGCGCGGAAAGACAGUGCUAGCGGAGUUCACGGCCUCGUCGGGCAACUUUCCGACCGUGACCCGUGUCCUCCUCGCAAAAAUCCCCACCGAGGACAGCAAAAUGUCCUACGUCUACGACCAACAUAUCUUCCAUUAUGUCGUGCAAGACGGGAUCACUUACUUGUGCAUGGCCGACAACGAUUUCAAACGCCGCGUGCCGUUCCAGUUUCUCGAAGACCUGAAGAAUCGUUUCUUGGCUACGUAUGGCGAACGAGGGCAAACCGCCAUCGCGUUUGCCAUGAACGCCGAGUUCCAGCACGUCAUCCAGCGUCAAAUGGAGUACUACAAUGCAAGCCCGGAUGUUGACACGGUUGCGCGGGUGCAGCAAUCCCUGGACGAUGUGAAAGACGCGAUGGUCGAAAACAUUGGUACCUCACCUACCUCGUCCUUCUCAACAUCUGAUAUGCUGAUCCUGCCGUGUCCAUCCAUCUUCGAACAUACAGAAAAGGUGCUGGACCGCGGGGAAAAGUUCGAGCUGCUCGUGGAUCGAACCGACAAGCUGAGCCAGCAGUCGUUUGUGUUUAAUCGCAAGGCGAAGAAACUGCGCAAGACGCUGUGGUGGCGCAGCGUCAAGAUGUGGGUGUGCCUCGGAGUUCUUGGCAUCGGCAUUCUGUACUUUGUGAUUGCCAUGGCGUGUGGAUUCGACCUCAGUGCGUGCAAGAGCGGUAGUCCGCACAACCAACUGUCUUUGCGAGAUGUUUAAUCUCGCCAUAAUAAUGAUUCCAUCCUCUUCAAUUACACUAUUACUUUAUUAUUAAC